GCGUGCGUGAAUGUUGACACGGGCAAAGCGUCCACUAGAUGACAGGAUUUGGCUGUUACAUUGGCAUGGGGUUGUUAUGGAGCCUCGUCACCCACCUGCUGUAAGAACCAAGAAGUUUUAUGACCUUAAAGUUAUGAAAUACAAAAUCUGACACAUUUUCUUUCUCAUCGUAUUCCAUCGAAUGUCAUUCUGACGAAGUAUCUUCACCUAAAGAUUGACAUGGCUGCAUGUUAAUAAACCUUAAGCAGUAAUCACAGUGAAUACCAAUCAAUAUCUUCAAAACUCAUCACGCUCUGCAAUAAAUAUGGAUUUUUGACGUAGAAACUAUGUAGGGACACAGGCCAAAAGCAUCCUCCAAUUAACAUAUGUUUUUGGCAAACUGACAUGAAAGCUUAGGGGGUUUUAGGGGUUGGUUUUAAUAAGAAAUGGAGUAGUGUUGGAACAGAGUAUUGGCUACAGACCAAAAAAUAUUCCUUUUUAGGAAACCACCGUCUGAAAUAAUAAAAUUAACCAUUCUAACACUAAUUGAAUCAUUCAUCUAGUCUCUUUGACUGAGUGUUUUACACUUUUUUUUCUUGCAUGUUGUAGGUGAGUAAUUAGUCAUUUAUAUCUCAAAACUGAGAUCCGCAAUAAGAACAGAAAUUGACAGUGGAACAUGUGUAGUGACACUGAGAUGAGCCCUGGUUUUUAGGAUGUUGGAUCCAGAGAAGGUGUGAGAGAUGGCGACAUUGGGCUGGACUUGCAUUUGCAUCUUUAAACGUAUGCGCCUGAAUCCAGAAGACAUAAGUAGGAAAUGUUAAAUGUUAAAGUUCUCUUUCAGCUCAGCAGAGGAAGGAAUCUGUAAUUUGUAAGUUGAAGAUGAAUGGAUUUUACGCUGUAGGCAUUAUGCAAAAUAACUUGGAACAAUCAGUCUCUUAAAGUCACUAGACCUUACAUGCAUGCAUAAAGGUGUAAAUGAUAGCAUAUAUACCAUCAUAAUAUUUCCAGAAUGUGGUAAAAAGUAUAAAACAAUGAUAGACACAUGUAUAAUAUCAAAAAAUUAGGGUAAAGGUAAGUUGCUGUAUGUACAGUCCUAAGGUGGAAGGAUGAGAGUUGAGGAACAUGGUGAAAGGAGGAGGAGGAUGGAUGCAGAGGAGGGAUGGCCUCCAGCCAAGGGCUCUGCAGUAGAAUUACAUAACAGCAGUUUGCCUGCAGAAACCUGUUAUCUCCCAGAAUCCGUCUAAGUAUUCAGGGGUUUGUUGUUGGCUCAUUAGUUUCCAUUCAGCUGUGAGUUGAUUAGUUUGUUUUCUGUGUGUUUAGUUUCUAACCCAGAGGACAGAAGGGACGCUUUUCUAUAGGAGAUUUUUGUAGUAUGAAACCAGAAGUGACAAAAUCUGGAGAUGUGAGGUUUCUGUAUGAAGCAGGAGCCAGCUCAGAUGCUAAUCACUGGGCAGCAUUCAAUGUAAAUUUGAGUUCUGCAGCUGUUUUGUGUUUUGUGCAGGUGGAUGAAUGAAAAUGAGGCCGGAGAUGCAGAUCCAUUUAGACAACUGUUGUAAAAGCCUCAGACUCAUGUAUACAAACACACACACAUAAGUGUAAUACAGUCCAGUUAAAACACACACACACCGGUGUGAACACCGGUACUGAACCUUCUGAGGCCUUGUAUGACCUGCAGUGCAUGACCACCUAUGCUGCACCUCAUACAUCACUGUCUGUCUGUCUGUGUGUGUGUGUGUGUGUGUGUGUGUGUGUGUGUAAUGGGGGUGGUCCUAUGUACGUGUGUGCUUUCAUAAUUGGGUGGAUUUGCAGACAAAGCAGCACGGCUGUGACAUUGAGACCAGAGGUGGCUCUUUGUAGGGACGACAAACACACGAGAAAUACAUUUUUCAUACGUUCAUUCGGCUUACCACCUUUUUAUCUUGGCUUGAAUGCAGUUUUAUGGCCCCUGUGAGGGCGAUAAAGACGUGGUUCUGGUGAUGACUCUCUAAAUUUAAAUUUUUAAGGCCUUGUUUUGAGAGUGAGUUCACUGGACGGUGACAGGAAUUAUUGUGGUGAGAGGAGAAGGCAGCAACCAGAUUUGAACACUUUUGAUCUGACAGAAAAUACAGAAAAAUAAUACAUAUACUCGUAAAAAAUGUGAGUAUUGGUGAGUGCACAGAUGAUACCCCAUAUCAUUGCAAAGUAUAAUCAGCUUUUUUUUCCUCUUUCCUUUUUCUGUUUUUUGCCUUUCUUUCUAUAAUUGAGGUGCUCUUUUGUUAGCCACCCAGCACCCUCCACCCCGCCACCCCAUGCAAUGAAAACAUCAAAUAUCCAUGACCAGUCAUACAUAUUCACUGUGUUGUGUAUAUAAGCUGAGUGAUUUGAAUAUGUGGUUGCUUGUGAUGAUGGCAUUUUGUGUUAAUAUUCAACUUAAUUUAGAUGGGUUUUUUUAUUAUGUCUUUUUAAAACGUGUCAUUACUUUGCCACUAAACAAGAUUUGUAUCUUAAUGUAAAAUAUCUAAAAAAAGAUCAAAAGACAUAGCUUGAAGCUUGUAAAUCUCUCCCAGAGUAACAGGAUUUAAUGCAGUCCCGCUACUUGUUUGUUGACAGUUUGCUCGGCCCAAAAAUGUCAAAGAAGGCAAGUCCAAAUAUCUACCUGCCAGAGGCGGCACUUAACCAGAAACCUCUAAAGUGCACUGAAAAUUUAGCCUUAAACUGUUCUUUGGAUUGUGUAUAUUCUGUUCUGUUCAAAUUGCAGGCAAGAAACACUCACAUAAAUCAGACUAUAGCAGUUGCUAUUCUUCACAAUGGACAAUUAUUGGAGAAAUUGGAAAACAUCGGAGUAACGACUGAUCGAUGUUGCAGGUAAAAUGACUAAAGAAGAGAGAAGGGAAACAAAGAGGAACAAAAAGUGUGAACGAAUGAUAUAAUAGCUUGUUUCUCAGCUCAUUCUUUCUCUCCCUCUCUUUCUCUUUCUCUCCCGGGACAAUUGAGGUGGCAGAUUUGGUGACGAACAACAAGAAUCGCUGUAUUCUGAUUGGCUCAUUCUCCCCUCAAUGUGACCUGUUAAAUUCAUCCUUUACUGCCCCGUAGCUCAGCCUCCCCCUCCCUCUUCUUUCUCGCUCUCCGCCUCUAUCACCUCCCUCCUCCUCCUCCACUGGUUCUGCCUGGUGAGUGUGUAGAGGGGAAGCGGAUUAACACACACACACACACACACACACACACACACACACACACUGAGCCAUGUGGGCUGAAGCGUUCACCUACACGAGACUGGGAGAAAGGAAUGCACAUUCUGCUGCAUCAGUCCGGUUUGAAGGAUUUUGGGCACGCAUUUCAAGAAGUGAAGAUUUAUUGAAUCAUAUUAAGUGAACUUUUUAUUUAUUUUUUUUUAUUUUGUGGAUACCAAGACAGGUUUUUAUUGGCUGGCUGGCUUUCAUUUUUUUGUUAUGAACUGGAAUUGCACCAUGCAGCCCCAUCAGUAUGCAGAGCUGAUCUGAUUGGCUGAUGUUUGUGGUGCUAGGACAGCAGGAUUGGUCCUGUGUUGGCUCCUCGGUUUGGGAUGUUGUUGUCAGAUGGAGCUUUGAAUGAUUUGAGUCUAGUUGUUUUUGUUUUAUUAAUUAUUCUGGCCUUUUGUGUGUAAUUUUUAACACAAUCAUUAUAAGAGUAUUUCCUUGUUUUUUGUUGCUUUCAUAUUCCUCGGCAGUGUGAUUGGCUUGCUGUAUUUAUUAAUGGGUUUCAGAUUUUGCUCUCAGAGCCAGCGUUUGAUUUAAGCCUCCAGUGUGAGUUCAAUUCACACCUGAACUACAGGUCCCAUAAUGCCGAGCCGAGAGUCGUACGUCGUUAAAAGAGGUAAAAAGCAAUCACGCAGGCGAGCUGAGAAGGAAGCAGGUCAGAAGGGCUCUUUGUUUACCGCAGCUCUCAGUUUGACCGCCAAACCCACCUCCCCUGCUACCACCUUCUGGCAACCAAUCAGAUCUUUUGCCCUUUCGCAGCUCACAUCGCUGGUGCGGCGGGCCACCCUGAGGGAGAACGACUUGGCACCCAAAUACGAGAAGGUCCACAACUUCAAGGUUCAUACAUUCAGAGGCCCCCACUGGUGUGAGUACUGUGCCAACUUCAUGUGGGGUCUCAUCGCUCAGGGAGUCAAGUGUGCAGACUGCGGGUUGAACGUCCAUAAGCAAUGCUCCAAAGUCGUGCCGAACGACUGCCAGCCGGACCUGCGGCACGUCAAGAAGGUGUACAGCUGCGACCUGACCACGCUGGUCAAAGCCCACAACACAAAGAGACCCAUGGUGGUCGACAUGUGCAUACAGGAACUGGAGGCUAGAGGUCUUCAGUCAGAGGGUUUGUACAGAAUAUCAGGCUUCAGUGAGCUGAUUGAAGAUGUCAAGCUGGCCUUUGACAGAGAUGGAGAGAAGGCUGAUAUCUCCUCAAAUGCUUAUGAGGACAUAAACAUCAUCACCGGAGCCCUCAAACUCUACUUCAGAGAGCUGCCUAUCCCCCUCAUCACAUAUGACGCCCACCCACGCUUCAUAGAAGCCGCAAAGAUUGCAGACCCAGAAAAACGGCUGGAGUCUGUCCACGAGGCCUUGAAGCUGCUGCCGCCAGCUCACUGCGAGACGCUGCGAUACCUCAUGGCUCACCUCAAGAGAGUGACCCAGCACGAGAAGGAGAACCUCAUGUCCAGCGAGAAUCUGGGCAUCGUCUUCGGCCCGACACUGAUGAGGGCCCCCGAGUUGGACGCCAUGACGGCACUCAACGACAUCCGAUACCAGAGACUUGUGGUGGAAACGCUCAUUACCAACGAAGACGUGUUGUUCUGAGAGGAGGGGGAGGGAAAGGAAGGACGGACAGAUUGUGAAGAUUCUUUGUCCUCCUGUGAAAAGAUGCAAGGAAAAGUGACUUGUUGACUUUUUUUACAAGAAAAUUAAGAAGAAACAUGCAAGAUACCUGACGUCUUGCUAGAGAGGACAAAAAGGACACUACCUGUUUCUGUGAGGAGUGGAAUAGAAGGAACAUUGAAGGAAACGACUAUUUGCAAAGAAGGAAUUAAUAAAAAAAAAAACAUAGUGGAGACAACUAGAUGGAAGGAUGCAGUGUUUCCCUACAUUUUAAAUGUUAGACGUUAGCAAAACUUUAGUCAAACUCAAUCAACAGACUUGAAGCUUCUAUUGAAUAUCCAAAAUUUGUAAUGUUAUAACUGUAGAAAAAUGAAUUACUGGAACACUGAAUACUUGGAAGGACAAUUUUCCAGCCUUACUUGAUCGAAAUAAACUAUUAUCUCUCUUGAUUAAGAGAAAUAUCUUCUCUGUCGUAAGGAGAAAUGAGUAGUAGCAUUGCAACAACACUGCUUUGUCUAUGUAGGGGAAACACUGUGUAAUCCAUCUUUAUGUUAAUAUCUUCUCUUUCUUAAAUUGAUGCCUUGACAGUUUUUAGUUUUCUUCACCAGACUUUAUUUUAGGUCUCAACUACCUUUAAAAACCUUGGAUUAGCAUUGUUAGCAUUUACCACAGAAACCAGAUGAUACUGCUAGCCACAAGCUCAUGAGAAAGUGUCACCCAGUGGUCACCAGUGGUUUCAGUGAAAAAUGCAAUAAUGUUGCUUUGUAAUCAAUGUAAUGACCAAUGUUUUCCCCCAGUUCUGGUGGUAAGACAUUAUUUUGUUCACUUUGUUUCCAGCAGUGUCAAGGUAUCCCUUUAAUCCUCCUCAAGAGAGGAAGAAGCACUGACUUUCUAACAGUAGACAGCUGGAUGAAUGAAUGAAUGGAAAAAGUGAAUCACUCACGCGAAAUGCUAACACUCAUUCCUCUGAAUGGAACUAAAGUGACUUGGACCUAUUGUGUUCUCAUCCCUCUUUUAAAACUCUUUACAGCUCCGUCUUCUGCUCCAUCUACUGAAAUGUAAUUAUACAGUAAUCUUACACUAGCAGCUACGUAGUUUUUUAGUCGCUAACAUAGAAAAAACAAAGCCCACUUACCCUUUUUCGUGUCGUAUUAUAAGCUUUUGUUUAAGAAACGUUUUGCUGCUGUAUAAUUACAUCCAAUAAUGGAACUGAUGGAGCUGUGUUCUCUCACUUCUCCACCUGACUGCUUUGCCUCUGAAGGUGAAAACCUCUUAAAAAAAUGACACUUAAAAUUCAGUGUCAUGCAGUACAGUUAAAGGGAAGAUUUGGCAGCAAAAGUUUGCCUUUUCUAGUUCUCCAUCAGGGCUUUCAGUUUGCUUGUUGUCUCCACAUUUGCGAAGCGCCUGCACACUGAAAUGUUGCUACUGCAUUAUACAAUACUAAUUCACUGCCUGUAGACUGAACACAAACAUACAGUACAAAACGUCUGCCUGACAACAUGGCCAGACAUUACACACACACACAUAGUAUUUCAUUUCAAAUCUCAUUUGGACAGCUUCAUAGCAUCACACCAGGGGCAGAUGGUGAAGAGAGGAACACAUCAUAAGUGACUUGAAACAUAAAUAUGUGAAACAGUGCUUUAUGUUUGUCAUUUGUAUAAAGCAGUAUUCUAAUUAAGCAGUGUUAACAAGCAGAUUUUGUGCUCAAAAUACUAAUUGAAAUUCUUGAUCGCCUGCCCGGAUGCAGUUCAACACACAAAUAAUUUCAAGGCCUGUCAGCUUCGUUGGCCCGCGUGGGAUAAUUCAGACACUCAAAGCAGGGAUGCACCAAGAGCGCUUUGUGUUGUGAACACCAGAUUAUUUGAAAUGUUAAUAUCGUGUCCCUUCCCAAAAAUUAGAGCAAAGAAGCUCAAUAAAACAAAAACUCAUAAUGUUAAUUACUCUGCAUCAGUGUUUGCAAUUAAAGUGGUAUUGGCGCUUCCCUCUCUCUGUGUGCUAGUUGAGCAUGAGGCCAUAUUGUGACUUAUGCAGCUGCCGCCUCAUCAUCGAACUGUGAAAUUGUGAGAAAUAAUAUUGCUUUCACAUCAGUAAAGAAGGCCAGUUGGGGUCAUUUUUAUUUAAUGUGCUUUUUUUGACUGUUUCUCCCUCUUUUACCUCUGCCUUCUACAGACAGCGAAUACCGGAGAUAAUGAGAUUUUACCUAAAUACAAGUUAUUGUAAUUAAGUUUCUUUCAGAUAUGUGAAGAUCCGGUACUGGCUAAACGUUGCUUAUUGAAAGGUUUGCUGUAAUGUUUUGACCAUGCUCUGAAGGGAUGAAAGCAGUAUUAAUUGUGGGACGAUGUUGCCAAUCAUCUGUAAUAUGAAGGAGUGUAUUUGCCAUGAUUUUUCUUUUUUUAACUAGUGCCAUUUCAAAAGGGGUGGAGGUGUAAAACGAAUGCCUUCUGCAUGUACCCCCACCUCAGCUAACACACACUAAACCCCCUCUUCAUUCACUUCUACCCCCAUUUCUGUCGGGGGUCACUGAUUACCUUAUCCUAGUGCGCUUCAUUUUGCAAAGCAGCGACGACCCACCAGGCGUCAAGACCCGUUUAACAGAGCAAAGACAGAGUUAGGGUUGUGAAAAUCAAGCGCACCCAUGCUGGGUUGGCUGCAAAUAAAAAUGGAUGUACCAUAAAAGUAACAUCAGCAUUUUUCUAACUUUAUGAUUAUGUUUUGGUUUUUCACGUGUUCUUUAUUUUAACUGUUUAGUUGACUUUAUGUUGUUUAUUCCUCCCUGUUGAUCUAACCGUGUACUAACUACCAUCACACUAACCUGAUAACUUGUGAGCCUUCAGUGAUCUGUGACACUUGCUUUUUUUGUGGCAUCAUUAAAUGUCUUUUUUUAUUAUUGUCAUUGCUGUAAAGUAUUUUCUAUAUGGUUUAUGCAUGGUGAAAUUAAAUUAUUAAACAUGGCUCUCAA